AUGUGGCUGAAGCUUUGUGUCACCCUUUUCAUCUUGAGCUCCCUUGUGGAAGCGACAGGCAGAGGAUAUGGAAGAAAUAGAGGACAAAAAAGGAAGCACAAUUGGGGAAAUAUGACAUCAGAACAAGUUGAUGGGUUCAAAAAGUCUCUUCGUGGUACAAAUGUCGAUCGUUUUGUGGCUGCUUUGGAUCGAAUGAAUGAAAGAAAAGGAAAUGAAAGCGAGCCGACUGAGCAAGAAAAAGCUGAAUUGAAUGAGAGAAAAGCGCAUCUCCGAAAGCACACUCGCUCACCAAAGCUUCACAAAGAAGGAGAUGAUUUGGACGAGGUCAAUCAAAAUGCCGGAGUUGCGAACAGUCUUUAUGGAGGAGACAUGGUUCUCUCCGAUCCACAAGUCGACGUAAUGCUCGGCGAUUUUGUCGAUGAUGAUGACACCGAAGUUGAGACGAGAAAAAAGAGACAGGCUUAUUACACUAGCCAAUACCCACGCAAUCUCUGGGGAUCAACUUUCUACUACUACUUUGAUCCAUCACUCACCGAUGCUGCCAAGAGCAUCUCUCAAGUCGCGAUCGCUUUCUGGCAAAACUCAACUUGCAUCAAUUUCGUUGAAAGCCAGACGAAUCCCAAUCGUGUUCGUUUUUUCAAAGGAUCGGGUUGUUAUUCAUAUGUGGGAAUGAUUGGAGGAGUACAGGAUCUUUCAUUGGGAGAUGGAUGUCAAUAUUUCCGUCAAGCUGCCCACGAGAUCGGCCAUGCUCUGGGAUUUUUCCACGAGCAAAACAGAUAUGACAGAGACACGGCAAUCACAAUUGAUACGGCAAAAGUACAACCAGCUUAUGUUUAUGCAUACGAUAAGGAGACAACCUCAACAAACAAUAACUACAAUAUGCCUUAUGAUUACGGUAGUAUCAUGCAAUAUUCAGACACUAGCUUCACACAAAAUGGAGACAAAACAAUGAUUUCUAAGCUUCCAGUGUAUCAAGACACAAUGGGAUCUCAAAGUAUUUCAUUCUACGAUAUUUCGAUGAUGAAUGAACACUAUCAAUGCAAACAGAAAUGCACUUCUGGGGCCACUUGCUUGAAUGGAGGAUUCAGAAACUCGAGAAAUUGUAACUCUUGUAUUUGCCCAAGUGGAUAUGGUGGUGCAACUUGUGCUGAAAGAGCAUCCGGUUGUGGUGCCAUGUUGACAGCUACAUCUAAUGUCCAAACACAAGAGAUUUCAAUUGGAGGAUCCGGAUUCACCGAGUAUCCGACUUUCGAGACUUGCAAUUACAUCAUUAAGGCUCCAGCUGGAAACAAAAUUGAGAUUGUUCUCACAAAGAUCACUGGUAUUCAAUGCAAUGGUGGUUGUAUUUAUAAAAGUAUCGAAGUGAAAGCACUUAAAGAUCAUCGAUACACUGGAAUGAGAUAUUGUUGCGCGGAUGAUGUAAAUACAAAGAUUAUUUCUGAGGGAAAUAUUGUGCCCGUGAUUAUCUCAAAUCGAUACAGUCAAAGCUCGUACACGUUCACGUACAGAUAUGUACCCGCAUCUACCGCGGCAACUGUUCAAAUGAGUCAAAUUCCCUUCACGAAAGCUACAUACGAUGAUACGACCAAUCCCGAAUCACAAACCCAACCACCAAGCUCUGCCACCACUCCUAAAUCUACCUCAACGUGCACUGAAGAUGCAAACUGUCCUACUUGGGCCAAGAACAGCUUCUGCACCUCAACAUCCUACACGAUGGAACAAAAGAGGUCCUACUGCCCGAAUAGCUGCAAUCUUUGCGAUGUUGCUGUAAAAACUUGCACUGAUAAUGCUAGCUGCUCUGCUUGGGUGCAAAACGGCUUCUGUACAUCGUCAGCCUACACCGCUGAUACGCGAAAACAAUAUUGCCCGAAUGCUUGCAAUUUGUGCAAU